AUGCUUAGCUCUGUCGAAGCAUCGUCGGAACCGCAAAGAGUCGCACGAAGCCCUCCUCGGCCGACACCCACCUCUCCUCGUCCUCCUCUCGUCCUUUCCCUCCCUCACCUCACACUCAUGUCCUCCCCUUCCUCUCAGCAACCUCUGUCCGCCCCUCUAGCCCCAUCUGAGUCCGCAGCGCCCCCUCCCAAUCCGCACGACGUCUCUCCCACUCAUACCGACCCCACACCGCCUCCUUCGACUGAUGAAGCCGCUCCGAGCGAACACGGCUCCGUAGGAGCGCUAGACGGUGCGAGGGAGGGUGGGAAUGGUCCUGUCUGGCGAUCGGAGGGGCGACAGGAUACGGUGAGCGAGGGACGGGGUGUGAGGACGGAGAAGGAGGAGGAGGUUGGGGUGAGGAACGAGGUUGGCGAGGGAGAGACUGGAGAGACGCAGGCGAUCUCAGAGAGGACGGAGGGAGCUGAAGAACGGGGGCAGCAGCCAAUCGUCAAGGGAGUGGCUGGACCCGCUUUUCCUCCCGCUCUUCCUCCUCGCGAAUCGGCUCAACCUCCGCCAACUUCUCCUGAAGACCUCGCCCGGCAACUCGCCGACUUCUCCAUCCCUUCCUCUACUCCUUCCUCCUCACAGCCGGCCGAGCCGCAGACGCAAGAAGAACCCGAGGAAGAAUGGCUCCUCAAGUCCAUUCUGUGGCCGCCUUUGCCGCCUCCGCCUUCUGCUGCCGGACAAGACGGACGGGAGGUUGUACGAGAGGAGUUUGAGACGGAUGACAAUCUGCGGGUCAAGGUCAUUUGCCAGAAUGCGAACGGGCCUUGCUCGCUCAUCGCUCUGUGCAACAUCCUCAUCCUGCGGAACGACCUCCACAUCGCCGGCCGAACAAGCGUCACCUACUCGCACCUCUCGAACCUACUCGCCGACUACUUCCUCCGCGUCACCUCGUCUCCCUCCUCAAAUCCCUCUUCGCCUUCCACCGAGUUAUCCCUCACGGCCGCACUCUCGAUCCUCCCGCAGACUCGGUACGGGUUGAACUUGAACCCUCGAUUCGACCGAAUCGACGGGUUCUCUACCUCCACCUCCUCCUCGGCGUCAGGGAAAGGCGAACUCGCUCUCUUCGCACUAGCAGAUAUACCCCUUCUGCACGGCUGGCUGGCCGACCCCUCCGAUCCCGAGACCUACGACGUACUCGUCGGCUCAGAGGGCUGCAGGGACUACGACACGGCGAUGGAGUGGGUGGUCGAGGGGAGCGAGGUAGCUGGUGGAGCGGAGAAGUUGCAGUUGAGGGAGGAGGAGAUGAGUGAGGAGGAGAUGGUGAAGGAGGUUGAGAGGCGGAGUGGGUGGAGCGAGGAGCAGGAGAAGAAGGUUCGGAGAGCCCACCUGAUCAACACCUUCCUCUUCGCGACCUCGACCCAACUCAGCUACCCUGGACUCUCAGCCCUCUGCCAGUCCCCCUCGCUCCUCCCACCCUCCGGCCUAGCCGCUCUCUUCCGCAACUCCCACCUCUCAGUCCUCUACCGCCGUCCGUCCGUCCCCUCCACCCCCUCUUCGCCCACCUUCGAAGGACCCGAACUCUUCACGCUCGUUACGGAUGCGGCGUUCGCGAGUGAAGAGGGUAUCGUGUGGGAGAGUCUGGGGGAUACGAAUGGCGAGGCGAGCGAGUUUUAUGAUGCGGCGUUGAGGAGGUCGAGCGUUAGAGGAGGGGAUUGGGUUGGAGGCGGCGCGAGAGGCCAAAGGAGGGAGAGGGAGCCGGUGGUGCAGCACGAGGGGGUGGAGAAUCCUGCAGAUAUCGCGCUCGCUCAGCAACUCCAGGCCGAGGAAGACGCCUACGAGCGGCAUCUCGUCGAGCAGCAACGCCACGAAGACCGCCAUCGUCAGCAGCAAGAACCGGCAGCACCGCCUCCACGUCGGGACGAGCGGGUCGAAGCACAGGGACGGACGAGCGGCGCGGGCGCUGGUGCGGCAAAGGCGUCGAAGAGGUUGAGCAAGAUGGCUGGCGGAGGUGGGAAGGGCGAGAAGGAGAAGUGUGUCGUCAUGUAG